AUGUUCUUCACCAUCGAGGAGAUCGUCAAGUGGCUGGGCCUGACCGUCUUCGAAAUAUGGACGAAUCUGAUUGCCCUGCUGCUGUUCACCGUGACAUUCGUGUGCAAGUACAACCCGGACAACUACAGCAAUGUGUGGUGGACGAUAUUCUUACCACUGUUUGCUGGCGACGCGCUCAACGCCUACUUCUGCAUCAUUGUCUUCAUUCGCAUGCUGCUGGAGAUGUCGUUGAAGACGGCAUUGUUGCGCUUCUGCUGGUCUAGCACGUUCCUCUUCAUGACGUUUCUCUUCAAAUUCCUGCUCUGCAAGCGUCUCACCGGCAAUCUCACACUCGAUUAUAACGAGAUCUUCGCGCCUCUUUUCAUCCUGCUGCAGUUAAUCGCGGUGCGCGCCUGCCAGCAAAGUUAACAUCUUGUGUGCCCGCAAUGCGUCGCUCGCUUCUUGCUGGUUAACGUAAGUGACUUAUGCAUAGUAUAUGGAUAAAGUUGAGGACAAGCUGACCACUUCAUGGAAAAUAAAGGGAAUAUAUUUGUGUACAA